AUGGUAACUAUGAAAGUGUUUGUUCUUAUUAAAUUUUUUUCUUUAUCUAAUUCAAUUACCAACUUUAUGCCCAACUUACCAGUGGGAGAAUAUCGUAUAGUAUUUGAGAAAGUGUAUUCUUGCAAUUCAACAAAUUUAUUUCAAUUUAAUAUAUAUACUAAUAAAAAGGCAUCAAACAUAACUGAAAUGAAAGGAAAUUUAACAGCAUUAUCACCUUUUGAUGAUACUUAUAGAUUUGAUUUUAACAUGGCUUCAUGGAGUUCUAUUGGAGGUUGGAAACCAAAUGCAAUGGUUUACAUAAAAAACAAUGCAUGUAGUUCUUUUAAACACCUCUUAGGAAAUUCAUGGUCUUUAUUGCUAAAUACUUUAAAAAUUCAUAAAAUUAGCUGUCCUAUUCUACCGGGAACAUAUACAAUUACUGGUUUUGAUAUGCAGAAAUUUGAAGAUAAUAAUUUUCCCAAGGUUUUUUUUUACGGAAAAUAUAAAAUAACUACCAAGAUAAAAACAAUAAAUGAAAAAGUAGUUGGUUGUGCUAUCGCCGAAUUGAGUGUUUUAAGACCGUGGGAAAAACCGAUUUAA